AUGUUCUCUACGCGCAUCCUCUUCGCCCUCGCCGCCAUCCUCGGUUUGACGAUCAGAGAUGCCGCCGCGCGUAGCGUGGAGAUCCGCUACGACGGAGCAGCCGAGAAUCUGGUCACUUUCAACCACGAGCCCGACAAGAAGGUCAUCUCCAUCCCUAUCGAACCCAGCGGUAAUUUGAUUGGUAAUCAGGCAUACAGGUUCAUGGUGAAGGCUGCGGAGGGCGAGGGGAAGCGAAAGACGACUACGUGCGAGGUGAAUGGGAGCUGGGAUACCAAGGAAGACAUCGUUGUUUUCCAUAUCAGCGAUGAGCCUCAGGACUGGGUGACACCGUGUGCCUGGCAGAGCGGGUUCGUGGUCACCUGCGAUGGAGGGCUGAGGAGGUGCGAGGACUACGCGAUGGCCACUAAGCCAAUCCAAGCCUGA